UGGGUCAAUCAUGUCCAACCUGCUGCAUGCAUGCUGCUGGAUGGAGACAGCCAAAAGUAAUGUAACCUGUCAAUUGCAUGUCUGGCGAGAUUCACCUCCUAGGAUUUAAAGACAGGUUGAGGUCUAGCAAAAAGACAAGCCGAGAGUUUGUGUAUGUUGUUCCGGAACGCACGUAUUGCUGUUCGUCGCUCAAAAGUUCCAGCAAAAACUAGCUAGAGAUAGGCUAGCGCUGUUAGCUGGCUAACGUUAGUUGAGCAAUUCCAAGAUGGCGCCUUUCAGAUGAACGCAGGACAUUUCGGAAGAGGUCGUAGCUUUGAGCGGUGACUGAGAGUGCAGCGCUUGAGCCCACUAGUCCUUAUCCGCCGGCAACAACAACAACAACAUGGCCAAAGACCAGACCAGUGUGAUUGACAUGCUUCCCCUGCUGGAGUCCACGGACCUUCAGCAGCUGCAGCAGACCAGGCAACUGGUGGAGGAGCAUCUCAGGACAGAAAAGGGUUCAGUGUUGCUGAAUGGCUUAGUGGAUUAUUACCUGGAGUGCAGCUCUCCUCAAGCUCUGCUCAUCCUCACCGCCGUCAACGAGCCCCAGCACAAGCCGCUCCUGGAGAGGCUGAAUGACUGCCUGGGACGGCAGGCGUGCCGGCUGGCCUCGCUGACUCUGCUGGCCCAAGUGAUCCGCCGGCAGCCUCCCUGGAUACACACCAUCACCCGCUUCCCCCUCUUCCCCGCGCUGCUCAAGUGCCUCAAGACGGACUCUGAUGUGGUGGUACUGAUCACGGGGGUGUUGGUGGUGACAACACUCCUUCCCAUGAUCCCCCAGCCCAGCCGCCACCUCCUGGACGAGCUGUUCGACAUCUUCGGGCGGCUGGCGGGGUGGACACGCAGGAGCUCAGGAACUGGUUUGAGUGUGUUGUCCAUCCAUCUGCAUGCCAGUAUCUACUCUCUGUUCCACCGGCUGUAUGGCAUGUACCCUUGCAGCUUCGUCUCCUACCUGAGGGUGCACUGCAGCAUGAAGGAGAACACAGACACCUUUGAGGAGGUCGUCAAGCCCAUGCUGGAGCACGUGAGGAUCCACCCGGAGCUGAUCACUGGAACCAAAGACACAGAGCUGGACCCCACCAGGUGGAGGAGCUUUGAGACCCACGACAUUGUGGUGGAGUGUGCCAAAGUGUCCCUGGACCCCAAAGAGGCGUCGUGGGAGGAGGGCUUCUCCUGCCUGCCUGACGUCCUACCUGUGCAUGUGACCCCUCGACCUGGCCUUGAAGGAUCGCCGCUGGACCUCAGUGCCUACGGGAGCCCCCGCCUGCCCCAUGGACCCCCUGGGGUGACCCCCUCCAGGCAGGGCCAGGGCGCCUCUCCCUCCCUCACCAGCACCCCCUUCUCUGCCCUUCAGCAGAACACUGCCAUUGCCAUGGGAACUCAGGACUCAUUCUGGAGCCCCGCCUUGCGCUGUGGGAUGACCACGCCCCCCAGAUCAUCCUCCCCCGUCAGUCACGCGCAGCAGACUGCCACCCACCUCUCAGGGAAAGUGCAGAGCACACCAGUGGAUGGGAAGCUGACCCCCCUGCCCCCCAUGUUGGGGUCAUCCCCUCUACUGCCCCCUCAGCCCCAGGAGGCCGAGCUCAGGAGCCAGCCUGCUAACGCAGCGCAGCAUCCAAAGGAUAGUCCGGUGAUUGAUGGAUGUCCGUCAUCUGACUUGAAUCAGCAUAAGCCAGAGCCUAGUGCCUUAGAGAACGUGACCUGCCUAGGUGGUGAGAGUGAGCAGAAGUCGGCCCUCACUAUGCCUGAGGUAUGUGCCUUUGUCAGGGAGAAGGAGGAAGAAGAUGGGGUUCCCAAGGAGGAAGAAGAGCUGCUCAGUCUUACAGAGGGGGACACCAUGGGCCCUCGCACUAUGCACAGAAGAGACACCAUGUUCUCCCGCAAGCGCCUGUCGCACACUCAGGUCCCCCCCGCCGCCGCCAGCGACUCCCCAAACCGCCUGUCCACCCCCGAGCGGCCCGACUCGGUCACCUCCUCCGAGUGCGACCCCCAGCGCCCGCCAUGGUCCACCUGGCCUCGCUGCGCCUCCGCGUCAGCCGAUGACUCGAUCCACUCGCUGGGCUACGAGCCGCUGUUCGACCUGGUGCUGCCCAAAGCGGCCGGGCUGUUUGUGGAGCGCCGCACGGGGGAGGCCAAGAGGAGAGGCGGGGGUGUUGACACCAACAGCAGCUGUAGCGGUGGGGGUGGCGCGGCGGGGGAAGAGGAGCUGGCUCAUUCUGUUAGCUGCUCCCCACUGGAGAUGCUGGAUCAGCUCAUUCAACAGGGCAGCUCCAGCCACGACAGCUUCCUCAGAAGGUUGUCAUUGCCGAGUAGACCAACUGAAAGCCAUGCAGCAGGGAGGCAUCAGCAGCAGCAGCAUCAGCAGCAGGCUGGCAUCAAAGGCAAAGGUGUAGAGGUUGAUGAGCUGCAGCACCUGCGCAGCCAGGUGCACUUGCUGCAUACGCAGCUGCAGUUUGAGCGCUACAAGCGUGAGCAGCACGCCAUCCGGAACCGGCGCCUGCUCCGCAGAGUCAUCAACGCCACCGCGCUGCAGGAGCAGAACGUCUCUAUGAGGGAGCAGCUGCAUCUGCAGGAGGUGGAGCUGCAGGGCAUGCGUGUCAGCCUGGAGGAGGAGCAGCGGCGGCUGACCAGCCUGCAGCAGGAGACGCAGGCCUCGGCCCGGGAGCUGCAGGAGCAGCUGGGAACGCUGCAGCGCCAGUGCAGCCAGUACGCCGCCACCACGCAGGAGCUGCAGAGCGAGCUGGAGGAGAGCGAGGAGAAGGUGGCCCUCCUGGAGGCGGAGCUGGAAACGGCAAAUAAGAACCUGAGCAACACGGAACAGCUGCUGAGUCAGUUGUCUUUGAAGCUGGGCUCCUCUGAGAGGCUGGAGGAGCAAGUGUGCUUCCUGAGUCGCCAGCUGCUCCUGCUGGGGGAGAACCACCAGCUGUGCCUGCAGCGGCUGGAGCGCCUGGGGCCCAACGCCAGCCAGGAGAUGCGCAUGCUGCAGGCGUCGUGGAGGAAGGAGUGUGAGCGUGCGCGCGUGGCCUCCGUGCAGCAGGGUCAAAGGUUAGACGGGGCACUGCAGCGCGUCACUGACCUGGAGGCCUCGGUCAACAAGAAGGAGCAGCUCAUCCUCACGCAGAGGAAACUGCUAGACGACGUCAAGCUCAAGUCCAGGAAUGAGCUUCAGGCGUCAGAGGAGCGCUACCAGGCCCAGAAGCAGGUGACCCAGACCCUUGGGGUGGAGCUACUGAAGCUUUACAGCCAACUGGAGAUGGACAGGCCGACCAAUCACAACCGAGGCCACGCCCCAAACCAUUUCAUUAGCUCCACGGAUGGACUUAACCCCAGCAGGGCAAAUGGCUGUGGCGAGGAGUUGGACUCCCCGGACGGCAGCGACAGGUGUAAAGGUGUCCAGGAGGCUGCAGCGUCACCCCCCCUCUCCGCCUCCCCUUGCCCCCCCUCGGGCAGCCUGUUGGGCCGCCGCGCUCGUCAGCUCUCUCGCAACAUGAGCGACGGUCUCUAUGACAACGAAGACGUGCCCCUGGAGAGCCAAUCGAACACCAGCUCGGGGUGUCACUGCGAUACUCCACCUUCUCAGGCCUCCCAGGCAGAGGUGCAGUCAUGUGACCAGUGUGUGUCAUGUGACCAACAGGAAGCCAAUGAGGGCUUGAGGAGGUUGGAGGAUCUGCACAUCAUGGACUACAAUGAGCUGCCAGAGUCAAGCUGAGGUGUGUGUGUGCGUGCGUGCAAGCGAGCGAGGAAGAAGUGUGUGAGUAUGAGGUGAGGUCUGUGUGUGUGUGUAUGUAUGUGUGUGUGUGUGUACAAGGGUGUCUGAGAGAGAAGAGGUAUGUGAGGUAUAGACAGUGACGAGCAGAAGUAAGAACGGGUGUGUGUGUGUGUGUGUGUGUGUGUGUGUGUGUGUGUGUGUGUGUGUGUGUGUGAGAGAGAGUGUGUGUGUGUGUGUGUGUGUGAGAGAGAGAGAGAGAGGUGCCAUUUCUACCAGUUUCAAUGACCAGAAAAGGCCAAGCACAGGUCACCCAUCAUCCUCCUCUUCCAAGCACCAUGAAUACAGUACCCACCUUCCGUAGGAGCACCUCGUCUCCAUGACAUACAGGGCCGGAUUAAGAGGACCUGGGGGGCCCUAGGCUACAGGUUGCUGUGGGCCCUCCUGGAAGGCAAAUUUUGAGGCAAAUUUACAUAAACGGUGUAAUAAUUAUAAGCAAGAAAUUAUGGAUAACAUCAACUGUAUUUAUCACAGCAGAGGAAAUUUAAAAUUUUGCGUCCUGUUAAAAUUCUGCAAUUUUUCACUUGUGGCCAAUCAGGGGCCCCCUGACAGAUUGGGGCCCCUAGGCUGCAGCCAUAUCUAGCCUGUGCAUUAAUCUGGCCCUGAUGACAUAAGUGCAGUGACCACAGCAGUCAGCCCACUCACUCACUGCUCACCCCACCCCACCCCACCCCACCACGCUACAUUACAUUACAAUACCUGUCUGCUCCACUUUGUGCUUUAGCAGCGCGCCGUGACCUUAUUUAAUAUGACCUUCUAAAUUCUAGUACACAAAUUUUUUACUAUGUAGUUGUUUUGCCUCAUUUUAUCCACUCAGAAAUGAUUGUAAGACCAAAAAAAAACGAAUAUCAAAUGAAGAAUGAGUGACAUACAGGAGUAAUAGGGACAUGUCUAUUUAGACAAACAGUAUAUGAAAUAGGGACAUGAUUAUUAGACAAACCGUAUAUCUGAAACAGGGACAUGACUGUUGGACAAAACAGUACAUCUGUUAUUGAAUCCAGUCUGUGGGGGUUGUGAGCUGUACGGUGGGUAAAUAUUGACUUUGUGGCGAUCGUCUUUGGGGAAGAGUAAUGGAAUGGAAUGUUUAUUUUAACUACUGCCAGGGACACAUGAUAAAAGAUGGAGUGUAUUUUCCAUGCCGUGGAAGCCGAGGGCGUGUUGCAAAAUCAAUGUUUCAGUGUUUGUUUUCCUCUGCUGUUUGUUACUUCAGGUAGUAACAUGCUACAGUCACAUGAUGGUCAGACUUGGUUAACUUCAGUAUUUGCAGUUUCUGGGGUUUGUCUCCUCAGGACCAAGUGCAAUACGCGCUUGUCAGUAGUGUGCUUGAGCCAACGCUUACGGUUUAGGGGCUUUGUUUUCUGAUAACACGCACGCAAAGAAAAAAAAAGAAAAAAACAGCUCAAUCCAAACUCUGACCCUUUUUGUGCGAUUGUGUUUCUGUGACUGCGGUUCUGGGUUGCUUUCAAGUGUUCAACUGGUGCUCUCAGCAGCACAGCCAAAAAACUGUAGGCCUUUAGUGCUAUUAGUGAUGAUGGACACUAAUGGAAACAAUAAAACUUAUAUAUGUAUACAUCUUC